AUGGUGGACUCCGAAUCCUCCAGCCUGCAUGGUGGCCGCACCCAUCGUGCCUGGACCGUGUCGGCGGAGUCGGAUGCCAUGGAGAGCUCUGGUCGGAGCAAUGGUCGCACCUCCGUCGAUUCUACUCUCGAACGACCCAAGACGCAGGCAGGCGAGGUGCCUGAUUCCGCAAAGGCUGGUCCUAGCGGCUUCUCGAAGCUCCUGAAUGCGCGACGCCGUCGGAAGAAGAACAAGCGCGGACAGUCGGAGGAGCCGCCAGUGCCAGGUGUGAUCACCGAACAGGACCUGCAGGAGAGCCAUUCCAACGAGUCCCGCGAUGGUAUCUCGGCCGUUCCUUCGUCCAGCAAUAGUUCUGCCCCGCCAGAGGGCGAGGUGAUCACUCUCCUGACUGACGAUUCCGAGCCAGACAGGACUCCCCCACUGACCUCCCACAACUCCCAUGCCGGAUUCUAUACCUCCUCCUCUCCCCUCAUCAAAACAACCUCGGUAGAUGCUGCGGAUACCGAAGGUGCACAUGGCGACGUCGAGUCGGCGGUUAGUGGCCCCAGUGCGGCUAGCUCAGAUCAUUCAGCGCCCAGUGAAAGGGCGCCGAGGCCGAAGACCGCGGGUAUGGCAUUGGAUGUUCCAACUGAUUCCAGCAAGAGACGGAGCGUCUCACCAGGAAGACGCUUCAAGGAUGCCUUCGGCGCACCAGAUAAGAAGGAAGAAAAAAAGGACGAGAAGAAGUAUGGGAGUGAUGAUCAGGAUCGGGCUUCGACAAAAUCAGGCGGCAGCAAAAGUGCUCGGAGUAUAUUUGGGGGUAGCCGACGCAGCAGUCUCUCCUCGAAGCGGGCAAAAGCGACUCCAGAACCCGUUCCGCCUGUCCCAGCUCCCAUUCGUACCGAUCUGACUGAACAAACGUCUCGCUCGCUCGAAGCCAGCCCCUUGCCAAACACUCCACCUCACACGGCCAUUCCUGCCCCAGCCACAACAGUGACGCCUCCCACACCGACAGAACACCGCCCCCUCAAUCCCCAAAUCCUUGCCGAGGGCGUUACGGAUUCGCCAGAUUCGAUCAAGUCUCGAAACUCGAUUUCUUCGUCCGGAGUCACCACCGUGAGCCCGACGGGGAACAUGAUCUCUCACCGACGAGUGCGAUCCGCCUCAGCAGCUCAUGGUCCGAGCAAGUUGUCGAAUGUCACAGCUUUGAGUCCUUUGGACGAGAACAAAACUCUCCCCAAGAGCGCCUCCAACCAAAGCGGCUUUUUCUCAUCCGUGUUCUCGGUCGCCCAAAAUGCGGCUUCCUCGCUAAGCAACAGCCUCAAUUCACAGCAGAGAAGCCGCACCAUUUCUCAACCAGCACCUACGGACCUUGAUAAUCCUCCCAUGGAAGUCAGUACUGAAGAAGUCGAUAAGAUUCCGGAGGGCAAGGGUAAGGCCGAAGAAGCAAAGCCUUCUGCCGUGGAGACGCUGGGGGCUGGCGAUCUGAACUUCAGUCAUUUGGACAUCGACGCGCCACCUGGUGAAGUUAUUUCUAAGACCGACGGCGUAGUGGUGACGAAACCAGAGACACCUUUAGAUAAGCGCAAGAACCAGGCCGUGUAUCAACGCGAUGAAGCGGCUGCAAAGCUCGAAGACAAGCGCGCGGCUCGAGCUGUCGAUAUGGCAUACGAGAGACCAACGGAAUCCAGCCUGAUAGGGUCUCCUGGUGACGAUGUUUUGGAACUCCAAUCCACUUCUUCGCUUCCGCGAGAAGGUACCAUCACUGGUGAUCAUACCCCGCCCACGGGAAGUAUCAUCGACGGUGACAUUGGGAGUGGAAUCAAGCGGAGUGGUAGUGUGCGCAGUCGACUUGCUCGACGGCAUCGAGGUUCCUCCGGUGCCACGUCCUCCACAAUCGGCGCCAUCGGUGCCAUUGGCGGCAAUGCAUUGGCCCUUGGUGUCCCUGGUGUCAACGCUAGUGUGCCUCGGCUCACUGGAUUCGCCGUUGCAAGCAAGAAACGGAACCGAGACUUCCACCAAUUAUUCCGCAGCGUUCCCGAGGACGACUACCUGAUUGAAGACUACAGUUGUGCGUUGCAGCGCGAGAUCAUCCUUGCUGGUCGUAUUUACAUCUCUGAAGGGCAUAUCUGUUUCUCCAGUAAUAUUCUUGGUUGGGUCACGACGCUUGUCAUCAGUUUUGAUGAGGUUGUGGCUAUCGAGAAGGAGAAUACGGCAAUGGUAUUCCCCAAUGCCAUUGCCAUUCAAACCCUGCAUGCCCGUCAUACCUUCCGCAGCCUUCUCAGCCGCGAGUCCACCUAUGAUCUGAUGGUCAAUAUCUGGAAGAUUAAUCAUCCCUCUAUCAAGAGCACUGUCAACGGAACUCGGGUGACAAGUGGCACCGGUGACAAGACAGAAAAGGUCGGCGAUGGAGAAAGUGAGACCGAGACCGAGAUUUCUGAUGAGGAUGAGAUCUAUGAUGAAGAUGAGGAAGAUGAGAAUGCCGAAAGCUUCUUCGAGGCUGGUCCUAGUGCCAAUGCAAGCGAACGGUCAUUGCCGGCGAGGAUAGGGCUCAGCCGCCAAGCUUCGGGCUUGUCUACCAAUGGAGUGGCUUCUGGUGCUGGACUUACUGCCAGUAGCGAUGCUAAGAAUGGCGAUAAGUCUGCUGCCUCAAAGGAGCCAGAUUUCCCUGGGCCCGUUACACAUGCUCCUACCGAAUAUACCGAACCAAAUGGGCAGUAUGAAAAGAUGAUCAAGGAUGAGACGAUCCCUGCUCCCCUUGGCAAGGUCUACUCUUUGGUUUUUGGACCGGCGUCGGGAGAAUUCAUGACAAAAUUCCUCGUGGAUAAUCAAAAGUCGGGCGAAUUGCAGUUUGAAGGAACCGCGAAGGGAUUGACCAACGAAAGCCGGAUUCGAAAAUACUCCUACAUCAAACCUCUCUAUGGCUCAAUCGGCCCGAAACAAACCAAGUGCAUAAGUACUGAAAAUUUGGAAUAUCUGGAUCUGGAGAAGGCAGUUCUUGUCACACUCAGCACCCAGACCCCUGAUGUUCCCAGUGGCAACGUUUUUGCCGUGAAGACCAAGUACCUCUUCACUUGGGCUGCGGGCAAUCAAACUCGGUUCCUAAUGACUUGUACUAUUGAAUGGUCGGGCAAGAGUUGGCUGAAAGGUCCAAUUGAAAAGGGUGCUAUCGAUGGCCAAAUGACCUUCGGUAAUGAGCUCGUCAAGUCUCUCAAGGUCGGUGUUGUUCCUCGCGGGCGAGCGAAUGGCGCCGGCAAGGGCAAGGGCCGACGCAAGAAGGGCGAUAUUUCUGCGCGCGAGGCAUCAGCAGCAGCCUCCCUGAAGGCCGCGGUAGAUAGCAGCUCGGGACAGGCCGAGUCCUGGGGUCUCUUCGAGCCCGUCCGCCCGGUUCUGGAGCCUAUCACGAGCAUGCUCAAGCCACUUUGGAGCGGCAACAUUGCAAUCCUGAUCAUUGGUAUUGUGCUCUACAUGGCAUUCUUCCGAUCUUCAUCACCUCAGCACUCACACGAUACUGUUUACCCUGGUUUCAGUCUGCCUCAGAGGCUGGCUGCAUACGAAGAGAUGUGGCGACGCGAGGAAAGCGAGCUCUGGAAUUGGCUGGAAGACCGAGUCGGAAUGGAUGGCAUGGUCUUCCCAACCCUUCAUCACCGGAUGCCUGAGCCUCAUGCGAGCCGUAGGGCGCCUCGUGUCAAUCACGCCGAUGAGCGUGACCUUGCCGCACGUCUCAAUGAAGAAAAGGUAUCUGAUCGCGAGAUGGAUCACGCUAUCCGAACCACGCGACAGCGUCUCGACAUUCUCGAAGAGAUGAUGAACAAGCGCAAGGCACAGCAACCCGCGGACGAGUCCAUCCGUGUUGAGCUCUAA